AGAGGGUAGGCACAGCUGCCAGCAGAAUGGCGCUGCGCGUGAACACCACUGGCAAUGUGCUGCUGAGGAACGUGGGCAGGGAUGGGCCGGAGGGAGUGGACACCACAGCGUCUGUGGCGGUGAAGAGGAAGUAUGGAGAGACCACGUAUUCACUCAGAGCCACGGAGUCCACCAUCAAGAACAUCCGAGCCCUGAAUGGAGCCCUCGUGCAGAUGUCUAAGCCCCUAGGAAACGACUUCACUGGGAACCUGAAGUGGGACUUGGGAGGCAGGGCCUUCACGCUGGGCAUUAUCAAGAGCAUAAAGCUCGCGCAGGGCCGCCUGGUCGAGCUCGGGACAGCCUAUGCCGAGAAGAGCGGCGUCUUCAACCUGGAGGCGGCAAUCAAGCCCCACAAGGACCAUAGGCUCACUGCCACGCUGGUGCCUCAGACGCGGACGGCGUUUGGCGCGUACUCAUUCACACACAAGGGCUUCACGCUGACGCCAGCGCACAACUUUGCCAAGAAGGCCACGGUUGUCAGCCUGAGCAAGAAGCUCAGCAGCGGGCAGACCCUCAAGGGCAGUUACUCGCUCAAAGACCAGGCCGCUGUGCUCGAGCUGGGCGUCGCUCCUCUCACGCUGAGCCUGCGGACAAAGUUGAAGGACAACCGCCCGACGCGGCCAACCAUCGGUCUCACCAUCAACAGAGACGUGGAGUACCGACAGUUGGAUCCGGCAAAAUCCGCGGCGAAGAACGCGGCAGGGUCAUCGCAAAUGGCGGUCGGUCCCACGAAGGACCUGAGCCUGGACGACAAGCUCAAGGCACUGGACAUUCUGCACGAUCGGCAGUUUGCAGAGAAGGGGCAGAAGAAAAACGGCGUGGAAGUCGCCACCUUCACCAGAAAAUAA